AUGGCUCCAGGUGCCGGAGGCAAGAGGAAGAAAGUCGAGAGGUCAUGGUCCUCUGACUCGAACAACGACGGUCAACGGCCCUCGCCCCAUCGCCCCGGGAAUCUCAACAUGGCGCAACAUAACCACAGCUCGCAGUCUCCUCAGUCUCGUGACUUUUCAGACGGGCGUGGACGACUACGUAGGCAACCGAGUCGUGGUGGACGGCAGAACUCUGGUCGCGGAUCGAGUAACGAUGGUCAAAAUUUUACGGGUAGUCGAAAGGACGGUGCAAUGUCUCCUCCGGAGCCUGUUGGGAAAGAUGCGUCAGACCAAAGCAAAACGAAUGGAACAAAAUCGGCCCCAGCUCAGUCACAGUCCUCCCAGUCUCCUGCGCCCGCCGCGGGCCCGGCGCAGUCACCACAGCAGCCGUCGCAAUCUCAGUCUCAAACCCAACCAACUCCAACACCACAAUCGCAUAUGUCGCCGGCUAUCCCAGCGCAACCUGCAAAGAAGCCGUUACCGCCGUACCAAUAUGAAUAUAUCACUGACGACACGAAGGAAAAUUGGACGGCAAGUGGGCGACAGGCGAUUGUUGAGAGCGGGAUGCAGGCAAGGAACGAUGAGGACAUUGUGGUGCUAACAUCUAUCUACCAAGAACUAAUUUGGUGCGCGCUUGAGGAAAGGUUGCCGGCUGAAGAAGCGGGAGCAACGAUCAAAGAUACCCUUGGAGAAGAGGUCGCGACUGAUGAUGUUGACAUGGAUGCCCGGGAGCAGCCACCAUCCUCUCUUGAUACUCGCGCCCUUUUCCUUGACACCUUGUCAAUCGUGACCGACUUCGAUACCGCACAUUAUGCCCUGAAACCUCUAGUCUUUUCAACCGGAAUUAGCCCUGCGCUAAUGCGCCUCCAACUCGAAACACCCCUCCUUCAGUCGCUCGGCCUUGUCCGUGAUACGUUCGCGCGCAUGGGCAUCCGGAAACAGACCAAUCUUCUUUACCGACAGUCAAACUAUAACUUGUUGCGUGAGGAAUCCGAAGGGUACUCCAAGCUAAUAACCGAGCUCUUCACGACGAGCAACAAUGAACCACCUACUAGCGAGGCUGUCGAGGAUACAUUCGAAAGGGUCAAAGCGAUGAUCGGUGCUUUCGAUAUGGAUGUUGGUCGUGUUUUGGACGUGACUCUGGAUGUAUUUGCCGCCGUACUGGUCAAGCAAUAUCGUUUUUUCGUGAAGCUCCUACGAGCAAGCUCCUGGUGGCCCAAAGAGGAGGGGCACGUCAGUGAUGCGAAGGCGCGCGAAUCUGGUCUCCCAAAUUGGGCACUGCCAGGAUCGCCUGGGUGGCAAACAACCGACGAGGAACGUGCGGCAGCUACAGAGGCAAAUUCCCAACGAGACGGUGAAUUCUGGGCUCGAGUUCGGGAAAUUAAGAUUCGAGCUUUCUUUGAAAUAGACAGGAGGCCCGUCUCAGAAGCAGAGCUCAAUAAAUUGCUUCCCGAGUCUCAUAAUCUAACCCCUGAGGAGGCUGAUACUCGCAGAUGGAUUCAAGAAACAGGCACGUUGCCACCCAAGGGAAGCCGAGUAGCUGCACAGCUUCUUGGCUUCAAACUCCGAUUCUACUCAUCCCCAGCCCGGGCAAAGUCAGAUGUCCUGCCAGAUAACCUCAUUUAUCUUGCGGCCCUAUUGAUUAAAGUUGGCUUCAUCUCUCUCCGUGAUCUAUACCCUCACCUCUGGCGACCUGACGAUACGAUGGACGUCUUGAAGGAGGAGAAACUGAAGGAAAAGGCAGAGAGGGAGAGAGCAGCGCGGCCUGGGGGUGGAGUCAACGCUCUUAUGGCUGCCGGUGCACUCUCAGAUGACAUGCUACCAAUUCCACGUCUUCGCGAGUCAGAGGCUCGAUCAUCGACUCCAGGGAAAGACAAAGAAUCCGAGAAAUCUGCUGCGAAAGCGGAGGAGAACGAAUUGCUGGAGCCUUCAGACCAAAAAGUUCUUCUGCUGAAGAGUCUACUUGCUAUUGGUGCCAUCCCCGAAUCUCUCUUCAUACUGAGCAAAUUCCCCUGGCUCAUGGAUGUUUACCCUGAGCUCCCUGAGUUCAUUCACCGGAUUCUCCAUCACUGUCUGGGCAAGGUCUACGCUUCCGUGCGCCCGCUACCACCGAUUGACGAGCUUCGAGAACAGAAGCAAAUACCGAGUCAUGAUCAGGCGGGUGUACCGAAGGGUCAAAUAAGAUUAGCACCGGCGCCAGCCAGACGGGUACUGCGAUGGGCGCAGCUUGAUAAAGAAGAUACGAACGAUGGAACAGAUUACAGGUUCUACUGGGAUGACUGGUCGGACAAUGUUCCAAUCUGCCAGUCUGUUGACGACGUAUUCGCCCUCUGCGAGUCUUUGCUAAACCUCUCCGGCCAUAAGAUUGGACAAGAUCCUAGCCUUUUGACAAAAUUGGCAAGAAUUGGCAAGAACAGUCUUGUUAAAGAUGAUUCUGCAGACAAUAGGACUCGCUGGCUAGACCUCUGCAAACGAUUAUUGGUCCCUGCGCUCAGUCUUACCAAGGAGAAUCCCGGUGUGGUCAAUGAAGUCUUCGAUCUUAUUAGCUUCUUUCCCCGGGAUACUCGGUACAAUAUGUAUGCCGAGUGGUAUUUUGGUCAAACUUCUCGACUUCCUGACAUCCAGUCCGCUUUUGAUCAAGCUCGAGCGGAAACGAAGGACGUUCUAAAGAGGCUGAGCAAGACCAAUAUACGUCCAAUGGCUCGGGCAUUGGCAAAGAUUGCCUUCGCCAAUCCUGGUAUUGUGAUCAAUGUCGCUAUAAGUCAAAUCGAGUCGUAUGAAAACCUUAUCGAAGUCGUCGUGGAGUGUGCUCGCUAUUUCACCUAUCUCGGUUACGAUAUCCUUACAUGGGCCCUCAUCAGUUCACUCGGUCAGAAGGGCCGAAGCCGAGUUCAGAAUGGCGGUCUUCUCACCAGCCGAUGGCUCAAUGCCUUGGCCACCUUUGCUGGCAGAACAUUCAAACGAUAUUCAGUCAUGGACCCGACUCCUGUGCUACAGUACGUCGUUGAGCAACUUCGCCAAAACAACUCUACAGACCUCAUUAUCUUGGAGCAGAUGAUUAGCUCCAUGGCUGGAAUCAUUACCGAUACGAACUUCAAUGAUUCUCAGAUCCAGGCAAUGGCUGGUGGCGAGGUCCUACAAUCACAGACCAUUCUUCAGUUAUUGGAUAAACGACAUGAGUCCAAGACUACUUCGAAACGACUUAUCAAAUCACUCACCUCUUCAAAGCUCGCUGGCCAGCUCCUAAUUGCCAUCUCCCAGGAACGUCUUACCUGUAUCUUCAAGGAAUCAGAGACAUCGUCUGAGCUCAAGUUACUCGGUAAUGUAUUCGAUGAGAUCCACCGGAUACUAGCACAAUAUCUGGACCUCCUUCGCAGCAAUUUAUCAGUUGAAGACUUCGAUUCGUUUGUCCCCGAUGUUGCUUCUCUCGUUAGGGAUUUCGGUAUCCAGCCGGAGAUUGCUUUCUGGAUCCGACGUGCAAGCGUUGCUCAAAAGCUUAUUGAUUUCGAUAAGGAAUCACAGGAUGCAGCGAACGCAGUCAAAAAGGAGAGCCAGGACAAGGAUGUCCCUGCUUUGAAGGCAGAGGUGGAAAAAAUUGAGGGAACAGAUGUUGGCGAGAGAGAGACUCCGGAAGCCGGUCCUUCAGGAGAGGGCGAAAUGGAGGUUGAUAAGGAACAACCUUCUCAAGACACUGAGACGACCCCAGAGGAAAAGCCCUCAGUUGUGCCUGGCUCGCCCGAAUCCCCUCCUCCAAACCCCAUCGUGCAAGAUCUUCAAGACCAAGUCAAAGCUGUUUUACCCCAGGAGGCCUGGGGCACUGUCGGCCUACCAUUUUAUGUCACUUUCUGGCAGCUCUCGGUUUACGACGUGCACAUUCCUCAGAAGUCGUAUGAAGAAGAAAUUGAACGACUGAAGAAGAAGGUCAUCACAAUUGGCAACGACAGAUCGGAUAUCAGCCUCGCCGGAACUCAGAGAAAGGAGAGGGACAAAAAGCAAGUCACCCAACUACAGGAUCGAAUCCUGGAAGAAAACAAAGCGCAUCUUCUGGCGUAUGGUCAAACGAGGUCCAAGUUACAAAAAGAAAAGGAAAACUGGUUCGUUGGUAUGCGGGGGAAGGCCGAUUCUCUUCAUAUCGCUCUGCUGGAGCAAUGUUUUCUGCCUCGUCUUCUGUUGUCCCCUAUUGAUGCGUUUUACUGUUUCAAAAUGUUGAAAUUCCUCCACACCACCGGUGCUCCCAAUUUCCGCACUGUCGGUCUGCUUGAUCAGUUAUUCCGGGAGCACAGGCUCACUGCCCUGAUUUUCCUAUCUACGUCGAGGGAGGCUGAUAAUCUCGGUCGCUUCUUGAACGAGGUUCUCCGUGACCUUGGACGCUGGCACGCUGACCGAACUAUUUACGAGAAGGAGGCUUUUGGAACGAAAAAAGACCUCCCCGGAUUUGCUAUGAGUGUUGAUCCCGAGGGCAAGCCUACAAACUUCCUUGAUUAUGAAGACUUCCGUCGACUGCUUUACAAAUGGCACCGGCUCAUCUCUUCCGCGCUGAAGAUUUGCUUGAAUGGUGGCGAAUACAUGCACAUUCGAAAUGCCAUCAGUGUGUUGAAAGCCAUCGUCCAGAACUUCCCAGCUGUCAAUUGGAUCGGCCGAGAUAUGCACACCGCUGUGAACAACCUGAGUCAGAAUGAUGAACGAGACGAUGUAAAGAUUCCCGCUGCCUCUUUGAUUGGUGAUCUCAACCGCCGAGAAAAGAAGUGGAUGCUACCGCAGGCCUUUAUGAUUAGCAACCAGCCAAUUCCCAAGGGAAGUCAAACAGAAAAAGCUGGAAAAGGACCUGGUUCUCGGCCCCAGUCCACUACCCCGACUCCUUUCAACGCUGCGGCACCAGAGUUCAAGCCCGGACCCGCUGAAUCAAAGGGCGCCACGAAUACAGAGGGCCCAACAAGACAGGAAGUGGAGGAUGGAGAGAUUGAGGAUGCAAAAAUGGCUGAUGCCUCGAAAGAUGGUACGGAUACCCAACAGCCAUCACAGAAGCCAACCGAACCCGAAUCGCAAGACACAGACCAAACAACUAGCCAAACGUCCGCUACCGAAGGACGUCCAACCAGUGGCCAUGAUACGACAUCUAGGGAAACCACAAAUAGCCAAGGUCGUAGGGGUGACAGUCAGUCACGACCUUCUCCCGGUCCUCCCCAAGCAACCCCUAAAGGUCCUGAUCAGCGAAGACAAUCGAAUCUUCCAAAGCCACCCGACUCAGACCGAACACCAGGCGGAGGUCAAGCGCCACGUUCUCAACAGCAUACACCGUCUCAUCCUUACCGAGAUGAUAGGAGGCUGCCACCGCGGCCUGAUCUUCUAGAGGACCGACGGGACCGUCUGUCAGACUACGGCCGGGGUGGCCGUAUGCCCGCGGACCACGGUUAUGGUCGCUCGUUUGAGCCACCUAUGAGUGACAGUCGAGGUUUUGGACGUCUGGACAGGGAUUUCCCCUCUAGACCGCCCCCAGAGGAGCCUUUCCGUGGGCCUCCUUAUCGGGAUGGAGCUGAUAGGUCUGGUCGCCUCCGCCCUCCAGAUUCCCGUGACAACCUUCCUGGGCCCCCUGGUCCACGACCCGGCCCUCAAACACAUCCUGAUCGUGCGGAUCUUAUCCAUGAUGCCCCGGAUCGUCCAGGAGACGGGUAUCGCCGUGGAGAAAGGGACGACCGGAGAUCUUUGCCAAACAGGCCCGCAUCCCCCCCAAAGUUAGAUCUCCCUAAUCGCCCAGAACGGUUCCCAGAUAGCCGCAAACCUCCUGGUCAUAUCCAGCCAUCGCCCCGUGGCGAAGAUUUGCCAAGGGGACCUCGCAGUGAUCGGUUGCCGCGGCCUCCUGUUGAAGGUCCCGACUCACGCGAUUCUGGGCCCGGGACCGACCUUCCUCUAGGACGAUCACGACAAAGCGAUCUAAUGUCAGAUAUCCCCUCUGGACCAAGAAGCAGGACGGCUUCUGGCCGAGGUCCUCGCAAUCCUCCUGCGUCGGGCCCGCCUAGCAGUGGCCCUACAGACCGGCCGACGCCAACAGGUCCUGGACGGCAAGGAAUGCGAAACGAGCAAACACCCGGUGCUACCUCAUCUCCUACGGGUGAAAAGCUGGAAGCAAGUGGGAUUCAUCCUGACCGGCUCAAAGCCUUGCAAUCUCAGACCCCAGACAAUUCACGGUCCAACCCGCCCGGAAAACCCGCUGUUGUUCCUCCUUCGGGACCUCGUGGCGGGACGGGGGGAUCAUCACCCAUAAGCCGUGGACCACCAGCUGGGCCAGGCUUUGGCGGCGAGCGCGGACGGGGUGACAAACGAUUUGCCGGUAUCAACAAUAUGCUCCAGCAGACUGGAGGUCCUCCAGAACGUGGACCCGGUCCAACUAUUCGGGGUCGGGGGGCAAAUCGUCCACCUGGUAGCGCUCGGCCUCCAUCACCACCUCCUCCAGGCGGAGACGCAGGCUCCCGCUCCGGAUUGUCAACCCCGAACAGGCCCGACCUUCUUCCGGGAAGGACACCUGGUCAUCCUGAAGACGAUGGACACCCACGAAGCCGACUAAGCACCAGCGGUCGUAAUGAGCCUACGGAAGAUGUUAACCCUGAUGGCCGCCGGUCACAACGCUAUUCAGAACGGGACAAUGAAAGGGAGCGGGAUCGACGUGGAGGCGAAGAUGAUGGGUCACGAAGCAGUAGUCGGCGCGAGGACGGGCGUGAUCGUAACCGUGAGCGAAGUCGAAGGAGUGAUGCGCCUACUGGGGCCCCUCGAGAAGAGCGGUAUGAAUCACGCGAAGCGUCCCGCCGUGGAGUCAGCUCUCGUGAAGAUAAUAGACGGCGGCGUGAUCGUGAUGGUGGCCCAGAUGCGUCGCAAGAACAUGAAGGACGUCUCCGCCCUCCGUCAUCGCACGGCGGACAACCUCCUCCUCCACCACCUCCGCCGCCGCCGCCGCCUCCCGCUGGACCAGACGAGGAACGACGCUGGGGUAGUGGCGGGCGAGAGCCACGAGACCGCGAUCGCGACCGGAAUCGUGAUCGCCCUCCGCGCGAACGGAACUAUGCUCGCGAGAGCGGCGGUGGAGGCGGACCUCAUCGCAAGCGUGGACGCCCAGGAGACGAUGGCGGACCUAAUGAUGGGAGCAACCGCAGCGGUGGACGUGGUGCAGGCGGCGAAAACAAGCGCCCUCGACGAGGGGCUUGA